AUGGGAGAGGAAAGAUCGGGGACGAGCGAAGUGGAAGUAGAAGACACCGAUGAUGAUAAUGUUUUCAACUCUUCAACGCAAUCGGAAGCUAUCUCUGCUAAAUCGCUGAUAAUUGCCUCAACGACUCCCGAAGCCGCCAAAUCAAGCUCCUCUUCUUCAAACGCCUCCUCAUCUGGUUCCGCCGCAAUUUCAAAAUCGGACUCCAUUUCCCAUCAAAAACCGCCCACUUCAGUUCGCGUCGUUACAUCGCCUCUUGUCACUCACCUCUCGACCCCCUCUUCUUCGCUUCCUUCUUCGACACUUCCUGCUUCAUCGCGCAAAGCUUCACUUGACUCAGUAUCCCGUUAUGCUCGUACGCCAAAGUACCGGACAAUCGUACCCAAUCCCGGCCACCGACCCCUGACCCCUUAUCAGAUCGCGCUCGGACACAGCUUCAACCGCCACCCUUGGCACCCGAUGGGCAUGGUCCCUGCAAGCCCGCCAGCAGUCGCGCGCUACGAAGAAGAACGCAUCGACUCUCUAAUCGAAGAUGCAAAAAUACAAACCCGCUUCAAGUCUACUGUAACGCUCCUGGAGGCGCAAAGAUCUGCGGAAAGCUCUACAAAGAAAAGCUCGCAAAUGGAACAAAGGGAAAAUGCAUCGACCUGCAAUCUCGGAAACUCGAGGGACUGGCGAAGAAGUAUUCAUUUCGCCGGCGAUCACAUAAAAGUGCUUAUCAAGUGUAAGAUCUUGAAUGUUCACGCUCAGUCAUGUAACUGUUCGAUUUGUUCUCCUGAGACGGGAACAUCAAAACCAAAAAAACACGCCCAAGAGGGCGCACAUUCAUCCUCAUAUGGAUCCUCGACUGACUCGUCACUUCUUUCCGGAUCCGACGCCUCGGGUGCAUACUUAUUCCAUGAUAUUGGUCGUCAAUCAAAUUUUGUCAAAAACUUACCUUUGCAAAUCAAUAUCAUUGUCGAGUACCCAACAGAUCCGUCCCGAUUACCGUCCGGCGACGAGCUCGAGCUGAUCGAAGCGGCACUAGAACAGAAUCGCCUAGAUCGCGAGCGAUUGCAAGGGGACUACAUUUCGUCCAUCGGCGCGUUUGAAAAUAAAAUUCAACAAAUGCAGGAAGAGCUGAAAUCGAUGAAGGCAAGUUUUGCCGAAGGAUUCAAGGCAAUAAGCACGGAGACAGAUCGGCUAAACCUGAGCUUAUUGACGUAUUGUCGCAACAGAAAAGCACGCCAGAGCGACUCGCCGGGCGAAAUCAACGGCCAGCAAGAGAUUGAGCCGAGAUCAGCCCCAGCAGAAUAUCAAGCGAGGAGGAAACAAAACUAUCUUGACAAGAGACGCACCAAUUCAGAUACAUCUAUGAUGGAAUCUGCUCAGAAAAAAUGCUCGAAUCGUUCGUGCUUCAAAAAAGCAGAAUGGCGCUGCAGGGGUUGCUCUAAAGCCUACUACUGUUCCAAAACGUGCCAGGAACAUCACUGGGCGUACGGCCACGACAGCGAGUGCGACAGCGACGAUUGA